UGCUGUUGAAUUAUUUUUCGAGAAUUUCCAGGAGUGGAGAAGGCUGUGGGUUCCCUAAUUGCUUGCUCUGGAGAUCAGAAUCAACAGAGAAGUCAGUCUUACUUACCAUUCAAGAAAGCGCUCCUUUCCUUCCAUUAGACAAUUAAGAAAUUUACAGACACACAGCUAUCACGAGGAGCUGCAGGAAUACAAUCUGCGAAGCCCCCAACUCCCAUGUGCAUGCCUACCCGGUAGAGCAGUUGUUGCCUCUGCUGGACCUGUACCCCGGUACAUCAUUUUUCUUCACGGAAUUCUAUUACUGCUCUAUUUGUCUUCCCCCUGACUGGGGCCUUAGGAGUUGCAUUAUGUUAUCAGCAGCCUUCAUUACUUUGGUGAGAAGUGGUGGGAACCAGGUGAAGAAGAGAGUGUUGUUAAGCUCCGUCCUCCUGCACGACCACAGGCAGGUGACUCCUGCCUGCUACUGUUCCACUUCGGAACCCAGGUGUUCUCGGUUUGAUCCGGAUGGAAGUGGACAGCCAGCCACUUGGGACAAUUUUGGGAUCUGGGAUAAUCGCAUUGAUGAGCCAAUUCUGCUGCCACCUAGCAUCAAGUAUGGCAAGCCAAUUCCCAAAAUUAGCCUGGAGAACGUGGGCUGUGCCUCCCUCAUUGGCAAACGGAAAGAAAACGAAGAUCGAUUUGGGUUCGCUCAGCUGACAGAAGAGGUGCUGUACUUUGCAGUGUAUGAUGGGCAUGGAGGCCCUGCAGCUGCUGACUUCUGUCACACACACAUGGAGAAGUGUGUUAUGGAUUUGCUUCCUCGGGAGAAAGACUUGGAAACUGUCCUGACCUUGGCCUUUCUAGAAAUAGAUAAAGCCUUUGCAAGUUAUGCCCAUCUAUCUGCUGAUGCAGGCCUCCUGACGUCUGGGACUACAGCAACAGUCGCUCUGCUGAGAGAUGGUGUUGAACUGGUGGUAGCAAGCGUUGGAGACAGCCGGGCUCUUUUGUGUCGAAAAGGAAAACCUAUGAAGCUGACCACUGACCAUACCCCAGAAAGAAAGGAUGAAAAAGAAAGGAUCAAGAAAUGUGGUGGGUUUGUAGCUUGGAAUAGUUUGGGACAGCCCCAUGUAAAUGGCAGACUUGCGAUGACAAGGAGUAUUGGGGAUCUGGAUCUUAAAGCCAGUGGUGUAAUAGCAGAACCGGAGACAACAAGGAUUAAGCUCUACCAUGCGGACGACAGUUUCCUGGUCCUCACCACAGAUGGGAUUAACUUCAUGGUGAAUAGUCAAGAGAUUUGUGAUUUUGUCAACCAGUGCCAUGAUCCUAAAGAAGCAGCUCAUGCUGUGACUGAGCAGGCAAUACAGUACGGUACUGAAGACAACAGCACAGCAGUCGUGGUGCCCUUUGGUGCCUGGGGAAAAUACAAGAACUCUGAAAUAACCUUCUCAUUCAGCAGAAGCUUUGCCUCCAGCGGGCGAUGGGCCUGAUAGCCAGCUCGGACUCGGUAUUUCUAUGCAGCAGUGUGUCAGUGGGCUUAUCGAGAAACUGGUAACACGCCGAAGCCCACCUGUACCAGUGUGUCCUUGUGACCUGAUAGAUCCCAGCACAGUAUAAGCUUACCGGCCACAUACCCAAUAGUAUUUUGAUAAAUCCUCGUUAUCAUGAUAGUCAACUGCGCAUGCUCAGUGUAAGCACCAUGACACAGCUGAGAAGCUGUUCUGCGUCUCUGAGCAGAGUGUGAGAAGAAACAGUUUUUGUCUAUUUCAUAAGUGAUAAAUCUGUGUGUUUCCUUUGUAAAGCUAGAGAUUGUAUCCGAGGUUGAAUCCGGUUGAAUUCUAAGUUUUUAAGACUAAGAGGCAGAUUUAGUUUCUUUUUAGUAAGUUUGUUCAGUUGGACAGGUUUUUCUGAAUUUUGACAGCUAGUCAAUGUGUUAUUUGCAAGAGUUUCUUUUUCCUCUCUCUGUUGAAAACAGGUUCUCACUGGCUGACCUUGAACUCCUGGAUUCAAGCCUACUUCAGCUAGAUCAGAACAAGCAUAGAUUUAUUCAAGAAAAAUGAGAACAUACACCCAGGAGAUGAAGGAAUUCCAAAGGAGAAAUACAAGGGUUGUUUUUUGAUAAAUGCACCAAGGAGUAAAAAUAAAACCUAGGUUCUCUGUUACUGAAUCAUGUACUCUCGAUCACUUAUUAGUAAAUUUAACCCUGCAAAAGAAACUUCUUUAGAAAAAAGG